AUGAAAAUAUUGGGCAUGAGUUCUCGUUAUUUCGGAAUGUUUGGUGUACGCCAUAUAAAAAAAAUGGUAGCUCUAACGUUCUUUGGUGGAUUUUGUAUGGUAUAUAGCUACUUUAAAUAUUUUCAGGAGCCCCUCUAUGUGUUCAUGCACAAUGAUAUACAUAGCCAGUGUGUUUUGCCUAAUAUUGAUCCUAACGAUCCUACUAUCAUGAAAUUCUACAACUGGCAUCCUCCCCCACUAGUAUGUGAUCCCAACCCAACGCUUACUUUCGUGGACGAUUCUGGACUUUUGAGAUUUAACGAAAGUGUAUACGAUCCUUCCAAAACCGACGGAAAAUUAAAUUGUGUUUACAGUAUUGUUACUCUAGUCAAUGAUUUCAAAGUAAAAUUCGAACCCGAAACCGCUAUUGAAGGACCCGUUGACGUGCCAGCGGAUGCUUUUGUUGUACGAUGUCGAAAUCCAUCUGGACAAAUUGUCUAUGAAAACGUUCACCAGAAAAUAGACAGAAAAUCCAAAGAGAAAACAAAGGAAAUAAAAGACGAAAGUGAUGACAAUCUCAGCGUACUAAUGUUUGGAAUAGAUUCUGUUUCAAGGUUAGCAGCUAUUCGGAAGCUGCCUAAGACAGUGAAAUAUAUAAAAGAAACUCUCGGAGGUUUUGUAUUUCAGGGAUACAACAAAGUAGGCGAUCAUACAUUUCCAAAUCUUUUGGCACUACUCUGUGGGAAAACCCAGUUUGGAUUUGAAGAUGUCGAUCUAGACAAAGAUUUCGCCGACAAUUAUCCCUUUAUUUGGUACGAGUUUGAGAAGAAAGGGUAUGUUACUCUACAUGGCGAAGACUGGCCAGAAAUCGCUACUAUCAACCAGGUGAUGAAGGCGGGAUUUGAAAAACCACCAACCACUCAUUACAGCCGUUCCUAUUGGCUGGCGAUGAGGAAAAUUCAACCAAUGCAAUACACGAUUGACCAGGUGUUCAUGUUUCUUGAAUCCAAGGCAAUGAAACUACGGAAGUCCUCGUCUCUUUGUUAUGGCAACCGUCCCAACCAUAUGUUGAUAGUGGAUCAUUUCAAACAGUUUGUACAUACAUACAAAGGGAAAAGAAAAUUUGCGUUUACAUGGCUUAACGAACUGGCUCACAAUUAUGUUAAUUUUCUAGAAUACGGUGACAAUGACUUUAUGGAAUUUGUGAAAUGGUUACAUCUUGAAGGUCAUUUAAACAAAACUGUGUUGCUUUUCUUUAGUGAUCAUGGUUCAAGAGUUGACGAAAUACGUAACACAUACAUUGGACGUAUAGAAGAUAGAAUGCCAUUUGUUUCUAUAGUGAUUCCAGAAGUUUUAAAAAAGAAGUACCCGGCCAUUGUUGAAAAUUUACGAGCAAAUGAACAAAGACUUACAACAACUUUUGAUACAUAUUCAGCGUUACGUGAUGUGUUAAAUAAUAAAUAUGAAAAUUUGACGGAUGAAGUCCGGACCGACACGCCACAAGCUGUGAGUAUAUUCAAGCGUAUUCCUAAAGUUCGCUCAUGCGCAGAUGCAAAGAUUCCUGAACAUUAUUGCGCGUGUUAUUCAUCCCAAGCCGUUAACAAAACAAAACCAAUUCUGAAAGUUAUUGCUAAUUUCGUACUACAGAAUAUAAAUGAUUUCUUACUUCCGGUACGGAACAAGUGUGCCAGAUUAUCUGUAGCCUCAAUCAUGGAGGCAAGAAUUGUUAAAAAUAAUCUAGAACGAAAAGCAGACCAGGAAAUUAAGUUUACAUUGAGGAAUUGGAUAUCUUCUCCAGAACAACGGGACAACACGAAAUAUCUUAUUUACAUCAGGACCACGCCCGGAAAUGCCACGUUCGAGGCUUCCGUCUUAAGAAGUCCGAACGGCAAUAUGAAAAUAAUGGACGAUAUCAGCAGGACUAAUCGUUAUGGUAACCAGUCUGCGUGUGUCGCAGACAGAUUCCUUAAAGGCUACUGCUUCUGUACUGUGGAUGAAGUGGCUACUGUUAUAUAA